CAAGUGUCACAGUGUAAUGGGUCUGGUAGGAUAAUCAGAGGGACCAACCUUUCCUUGGUACAGGAAAGGGCAUCCAAGUCAGAACAGGGUGGUGGGGACCGGUCAACGAGGGCUGCCUGGAGGAGUUGACAUCUGAGCUGAGUCCCAGAUGAGAAGCAGGAGUUGAGCAGAUAAAUAAAAGCAGUGGGGCCAGGCACGGUGGCUCAUGCCUGUAAUCCCAGCACUUUGGGAGACCGAGGCAGGCAGAUCACGAGUUCAAGAGAUCGAAACGAUCCUGGCCAUGGUGAAACCCCGUCUCUCCUCAAAAUACAAAAAUAUUAGCUGGGCGUGGUGGCGGGCAUCUGUAGUCCCAGCUACUCAGGAGGCUGAGGCAGGAGAAUCUCUUGAACCUGGGAGGCGGAGGUUGCAGUGAGCUGAGAUCGCACCACUGCAUUCCAGCCUGGGCAACAGAGUGAGACUCCAUCCCCCACCAAAAAAAAAAAAAAAAGUGGUGGGGGUGUUCCAGACAAAGGGAGCAGCACAUGGAGGGUGGAGAGAGGCGAGAUGGCAGCGUGUGAGCGUGGCUGGACUGUGGAUGCAGGUGCACUCAUCUCCCACUAAGGAGUCCCGCCUAAGCAUCCUAGAAAUCCGGGGCCAGAAGGACCUUAAUCAUCAACAAAUCCAACCUCCUCCUUUUCCAAAUGAAGCCCAGAGAGGGGAAGCCAUUUUUCCAAGGUCACAUAGAAAGCUAAUGAUGGAGAAUAGACUCAAACUCACUGCACUGCCUGAGUUUUGGAUUUUCUUUUUUUCCUUCCAUUCCUUCCCUCUGCCCUUCCCUCCCACUGUCCUCCAAUUCAUAUUUCUCACGUGCCUACUUUGCACCAGCCCAGUACCCUGACCUCCUUGCCCUAGAACCUUAGGCUUCCAGAGCCUAGGUCAUCACCACCUCUUCCUAUCAAACCUCCUCCCCACACCCCGUUCCUGCCUGACCUUUCCUACUCGUUAAAAAUCCAGAUGCCUAGGUUGCUUCCCAUACCAACAAGAUCAGAAUGUCUGGGGGCGGGGGCCAGGUGUCAGUAUUUUUUAAAGAUCCCUGGAUGAUUCCAUUUGUAGCAAAGUUUGAGAACCACUGUUUUAGCCUUGAUGAAGGGCCCCUCCACCUCCUGUCCCUUGGCCUCUGGGUUGCAGAUGACCUGGUGAUUUUUCUUUUUCUUCCAGAUGUACUUCUGGACUCACGGGCCUGGGCCCCACCCAGCACAGAUCUCUGCUGAGCAAUCUUGUCUCCGCUCUGUUCCUGCCCUUUGCCCAGCCCUGGGCCUCCAAUCUGCAUUGAUUACCUGGUCUGACCUCUCUCACCAUCACUAGGUACUUAAUAAAUAUUUGCUGUUGAUGAUAGCAAUGACCUUGAGACUGAUGAACAGUCUGGCCAAGAGGAUCCUUGAUGUGGAAGAUAGAAAAAGCCUUUGGGGUCAGGCAGACUUGGAUUCUAAUACCAGCCAGUUCUGCUUGCUGUGUCUGAGCCUCGGUUUACUCAUCUGUGAAGAGGAGGUAGCAAGAAUGAAAAUGCCUGCCUUGUGGUUUGUUGUAAGGACAGACAGUGCCAACAUAGAGGGCCCAGCAGCUCACAGACCAGUUGCUCUGAGAGCAGACCACUCUUGCCCUGAUGGUAGGGAACUAUUUUUGUGCGUGGCAAGUGGGACCUUAGGAAGGAGGGCAACUGUGAGGCUUCUGAGAAGGACCCUACACAAGGGAGUUUCCUCCCAGGGCAGGUGAAUGGAGAGGGUGGCAGAAGCCUACGGGAAGGGGUCACAGGGAUCAGCUAGAGAGUGCCACCACCCUUCCUGGGGAAUGCAGGGCAAGGUCCCUGGUGGGAGUUUUCCUGGGAAGCCAAAGAAGCACCCAACGAAGACAGAAUCAACAUUUGGGUACCUUCAGUACCCAGAGGCAGCAAUGCCAACUACAACCACACUGGAAGAAGAAGACCUUCUCCGCAUAGAUUCUCUGAUCUCUUCCUCCUUCAUGGCACCAGCCCUGGGGAACCAGCAUGGUGGGGAAAUAAUGAAGCUGGAAUACAACCACUUACAGACUUCACAACCUCCUCCUGUAGAUACCAAAGGGAUUUUAGGAUCACAUUUUAUUUCUCACCUGAGCAAGAAAAGCUACAGGAGCAUCUCAAGCAGAGGGCAGGAGUCUCCAGAGGAGUUCAAGGGGCUCUGGCAAGAAAAAUCAAGGGGCUGUGUUCAAGAACUGGCUCCCUUGGCGAUUGUAUUACGAAGCCCAUGUGUGCUGGAUGCUGAUGAAAUUGCUGCCAAAUGCCUGUGCAGCCUUGGCAAGGCCCUUUAUUUCUCUGGGUCUCCGUUUCUCUCUCUCUUUUUUUUUUUUUUUUGAGGCAGAGUCUCACUCUGUCGCCCAGGCUGGAGGGCAGUGGCGUGAUCUCGGCUCACUGCAAGCCCCACCCUCUGAGUUCACGCCAUUCUACUGCCUCAGCCUCCCAAGUAGCUGGGACUACAGGUGCCCACCACCACGCCCGGCUUAUUUUUUGUAUUUUUAGUAGAGACGGGGUUUCACUGCGUUAGCCAAGAUGGUCUCGAUCUCCUGACCUCGUGAUUCACCCGCCUCAGCCUCCCAAAGUGCUGGGAUUACAGGCAUGAGCCACUGCGCCCGGCCUGGGUCUCCGUUUCUCUAGCUGUGAAAUGACUAUUCUAAAAGAGCCCUGCCGGACUUUGGCAGUCUGUAAGAAGACCUGAGUUCUCUCAGUUCCAAGCAGGAAAAUUGAACAUACCCUGAGCCCAGAGCCUGCAACAAACUCUGAGCAGCCUCAGGAAGUCAGGCAGUGAAGUCCAAAAAAUGAUCUCUUCUGUAUACGGAGAAAAUAAAAGUUUAAAAAUUUGUAGUUUGAA